GUGCGGCUUUCCCCGGAGCAGAAGGGCCGUAUAACCCCGGCUGGGCAGGCAAAGCGGCGUGGCAAACCCGACUGGGCGAGCAAGCGGUAUGGCUGGCGUGGUGGACUUCCAGGACGAGGAGCAGGUGAAGGCGUUUCUAGAGAACAUGGAAGUGGAGUGCAACUAUCAGUGCUACCGCGAGAAGGACCCGGACGGUUGCUACCGGCUAGUGGACUAUUUGGAAGGGAUCCAGAAGAAUUUUGAUGAGGCUGCCAAAGUGUUGAAAUUCAACUGUGAAGAGAACCAGCACAGUGAUAGCUGCUACAAACUGGGGGCCUAUUAUGUGACUGGGAAAGGUGGACUAACCCGGGACCUGAAAGCUGCAUCCAGCUGCUUUUUGAUGGCAUGUGAGAAGCCGGGAAAGAAGUCUGUGGAGGCAUGUCACAAUGUUGGUCUCCUGGCACAUGAUGGACAGGUCAAUGAGGAUGGCCAGCCUGACUUGGGGAAGGCCAGGGACUACUACACAAGGGCCUGUGAUGGCAGCUAUGCCACCAGCUGCUUCAACCUCAGUGCCAUGUUCCUCCAGGGUGCCCCUGGCUUCCCCAAGGACAUGAGCCUGGCAUGGAAGUACUCAAUGAAAGCCUGUGACCUGGGCCAUAUCUGGGCUUGUGCCAAUGCCAGCCGCAUGUGCAGGCUCGGCGAUGGUGUCGAUAAAGAUGAGGCCAAGGCCGAGGAGCUAAAAAAUCGGGCCCGGCAGCUGCACAAAGAACAGCAGAAAAGUGUCCAGCCCUUAACGUUCGGCUAGGGCGGCCCACUCUCCGCAACGACAGACAGCUUGAGGCUGGAACCGAUGAUUUCUGAGGCCUGUGAUGCAGCCCUUGGAGGUCAAGCUGCUUGAGCAGGAAGACUUGGGACUUGAAACCAGCAGCUCUGGUUACAUAGACCAUUGCUCCAGAGUGUCACCUCCUGGGAAGCAGCCUGCAAUGUUAUCAGUCAUUAUUCCUUUAUCUGGGUGUAUUCUGUGAAGACACCCACAUUUACGAGGUCUUGGCUCCCAGACUGUUGCAGCUCUAUGAAAAACAGGAACAAAUAGAGAAUGGGACAGGGGGCACACACAAAUAACAGGAAGUCAGAGAAAUUAGCAGCCUGGGGCCUAAAGGAAUCAUAGUUACUAUUAUUUUUGUUUUUAAAGAGGGGGCUUCAAAAUUAGAAAGUAUAUUGAUUUACAUAAUUAGAGGGCUUAAGGAGCUAAGAACAGUUUAAUAGUCAUGACUGCUACCCUCUGACUUAUAUAAUCACUGAUGUGGGCUUCCUUUAUGCCUUUAGAAGAUCUCUUAAAUAAAUUUACAGAGGUCAGGAGGAACAACGUAAAGGUUAAAGGUCAUUAUGUUUCAGGGUUGCUAAAGAGGAUGAAAUAUAAGCUUGUCUUCCUCUAGAGGAGACGUUCACAUCCCCAGUCUACUCACCUAGCACAACCCAUCAUGCUGAGUGAGCAGAUUAUUCACAAGGUAACUUCAUGAAGGCUAGGAAUUUGUAACCAAGGACUUUGACACGUUCGUCGCCCAGAACUGAACCUUUUUAACCUUUUAAACUGACCCUGUGAAUAAACUAUUUUUUUGA